UACCGGGUGACAUUAACGCUGCAGAAAGCUAGCUGCUAACUUCAUACAAUCUGAAUCCCGAAAUACGUAGACUUGUGUACAAAGUAAUGGAUUAAACUUAGAGAUUGUUUUACCUAUAGCAGCUAGCAAAAAGGAAGUAUGCAAUGCAUGAAAUAAGGGAUGGAGUUGAGCAUCGACCGGUCGACUACCAUCAAUAUCAAGUCUACGUUUUAUUCAAUUUGGUACAAGGAUAUGGGCCACUGUGAAUAACCAACUGUGCUUUUUGGAACGAUCUUACAGAAAAACAGUGUUGAUACCAAUUGAAGAAAACACUUGUAUAGAUCUACAUCUACGUCGUUUAAGUUUUCGUUGUUGCCUGAUCGAGACGACGAGAGGACCCCCGUGGAUUGAGCUUCGACCCGACCUGUGGCUGUGCCGUCUGCCGAGCCUGCGCCUGCGUGGUGGCCCGAAUUCACCGGCCCAUUGACAUCCUAUUGCGGAAUUUGGAAGACGUAUUUUUGGAUCUUGAAUGUUAUUUUCAGUUUGAGAUAAAUUGCAACGAACCCUUAGUCAAAAUGCCUAGUAGAGCAGAAGAUAUUUUAAAAGGUUUCAAAGUAAAUUGGAUGAACCUUCGAGAUGCAGAUUCAGGCAAAAUCAUGUGGCAAGGUCAUGAUGAUUUAUCAGCGCCAGAUGGUGAGCACGAAGCCAGAGUGCCUAAGAAGAUCUUGAAAUGCAAAGCUAUCUCACGUGAAGUCAACUUCUCCUCCUUGGAGCCCAUGCAUCAAUUCCGCCUAGAGCAGAGAGUACUAUUCAAAGGACGCUGCUUAGAAGAAUGGUAUUUUGAAUUUGGCUUUGUAAUACCGAACUCAACAAACACAUGGCAGUCGACGAUUGAAGCCGCAGCAGAAGGACAAAUGAUGCCUGCCUCAGUACUCAGGUAUGAGAAAAAAAUAUGUUUUGAUCUUGUGAUUAUGAUUUGAAGAAAAUCACAUUAUUGGGAGGUGCCAUUUAAUAUGGUCAUAUCGUCGGCGGUCAUCCGAAGCGUCGUAUCACACAUGCGACAUUCUAAACCCAUUUUAGAGAAAAUCGACUUCAAAGUUUACUGUAAUUUUCACACUUAGUUCCCCUGCCUUUAUAUUUAUGGCUAGAAAAAUACAUGGUUGGAAAGACCAAGACAAUUGCUUGACAUGGAUAUUUUUAUUUUUACACAAAACCGAGAAUCAGAGAAAAUAUCGCAAAAGAGCUUGUAAUUUCGGUUUGAGCGGUUUUAGAUUUUCCCUGUACAAAAAUGCCAUAGGGGAAACAACAACCCUGACCGUGAUUUCAAUGCGCGCGAUCAGUCAAACGUAUCGCUUUUUCACAUGCAAAGUCAAUACAGUGCCGAUACGAUGGUUUGACUGACUGCACAUUUGCACAGCCUUUUUUUGCUUUGUUACAGUACACGUUUCCUAUGGAAUUUCCGCAUUUUAUCAACAAUUUUUAUGGCAUCGCCUUGAAAAUCCCCUCAUAUCUCACAAACUAAAAUAAAUUGCUGCUUAGAAAUUUAAGUAUGUAUAGAAUAGGACUUUUACUUUCAAUUUCUGUAAAAAAUCUCAAAAUCAAUUUUUUUUUUAGGGGGGAGGGGGCCAAAAUUGACUGAUUCGAUGGUUCGGAUGAACACCGACAAUAUGUAGACUACAUAUGAGGAUUCAAAUUCGAAAAUUGCUAAAUGUGUGUCACAUUUACUAACUUUCACAAUAUUAAUCAGUUACAUAAGUAUAAAGAAUUUUCUAAUUGAAUUCUUCAUCAAAGAGAAAUGUUUUAAGUUGGGAUUUGAAAAGUCCAGGAUCAUUUCGUGAUUGGAGAGUACUGGGCACGGAAUUCCAAAGGAUUAAAAGGAAAGAGAGAUUGAGAGAAAGGGAUGAUUUGAUAAAGUUGGAAGGCAGAUUAAAGAGGAUAUGGAUUUGAAAUAUUUGUAUACAUGUAUUACAUGUACUACAUCAGUAUUGCAGUAGUGCCAUCUCUCAGAAGUAUUUAGAUGAAGAUGAUGAUGAUAAUGGUGAUGGUGGAUUGGUAGUGGUGGUGAUGGCGAUGGUGACAUGUUCUAAAGAGUACCGGUAUAUAGAAAGUGGAGAAAAGCUUGAUAGAAAACAAUUUAAGAAGACAGAAAAAAGAAUGUAAAUAGAUUGUUCAGGAUGUGACUGUUUCUGUUCCUCCAGUUCGGGAGGAAGAGUGAUUCUGACAUACUCUUUUAAUGGGAUGGGGUGUUGCUGUAUAAAUUAGUUGUAUAAAUCUUCAAGUUGGUCCGGAAGGGAAAGGACGAUGCAACAAAAUAGGAAAUAUCUGAAUAAUGGAUGGAGCAAUGGGAGAAAGACCUGGUGUGUAUCAGUUUUCCAAUUGAUUAAGAUUGAGUGGGGGAGUAAAGAAAAACGUUCAGGGAGGACUGUUCAGAUUUUUAAACAAAAAAUUAAAGAAAUGAGCACAGAUGUGUGUUUCAUAAAGCUGUUCGUACAUUAAGAACGACUGGUGAACAUUUCUUACGCGCUCAGUAAUCGCCAAUAAACAUAUCAUUUACCACAAGAAAGUAUCACCAGUUGUUCUUAAAGUCGCUCUUAACUUACGAACAGCUUUAUGAAACG